UUUCAUUUCUUCUUGGUGGUUGUGUGCAUGCGGUGGGAUUGUGAGUGCGUGUGUGAGCCGUCGGCAAUGCUGACUUCUUCCGAGUGUGGUCUUCCUAGGCGAUGGGCUGUGUGUCCGAGUGUGAUGGUGUCCGCGCCCUUUGGGUUGUUGAUUUGGAUUCUUCAAGCCCUUCUGCGUUUUCAUCGUUGUAUAUACAGUUAUGCUCGUUGGCUUUCUCGACACGGGUCUGCCUCUGGGUGUUGGGUUGUGUGGCCUUGGCGAUUGUGUUUGGGUGGUUUCGUUGUGUCGGGCGUGUGUGAUCCUGACUACCUUAGGUGUCUGUCCGUGAGCGAUUGCGUUGGACUGAUUUCGUUGUGGCGCGUUGGACAAUGUGCGGGCCCGACCAUGUCGACUUGCGGGGCAGUGUUGGGUUGUGUUUACUUUGCUUCCCUUCUGUGGGGCUGGACCGUGUGUGGUCCUGUCCAUACUGGGUUGUGUGCUUGUGUCCUUUAGAAGUGCAUUUGCAAAUCGCUGGGGGGUGGAGGGGAGGGCGAGCAGGAGAUGGGGCCGCAAGUUGAGGAGGCGGCAAGGGGGCGGGGAGAGGGAUUUCACAUUUUAUUCCAAAUUAUGAUGUAUUCGGAAGCCAGUGUUGGCUUGGAUGGGCAGACGGAGCCCGGUCGGCGGCUGCUCUGUCCAGAGGCCAGCCUGUGCCCCGGUGUUCGAGGGGUUUGUUAGAGUGGGAGGUUCUUCAGGCUUGGAGCUGAGCAGCGCUCGCCAAGGCCCGCGCCUUCAAGCCGGUAGCCGCCGGCUUGGGUUUCCGCCGCACCCAGGCUUCAUCCAUUUCUGGUCAGUUUCGCGGGUACCUCGGCCGGGGUCUGCGGGAGAGGCCUGGAAAAGACAAUGGGCGCAUUCUCCAGGUUUCGCGCCUUGGGUGGGGACCCUCGGGAUAAUCUCCAAAGAACACUUUCCUGUCCCCUCCCCGGGUGAGCGACAUUGCCGCGUGGGUCAGAUACACGUCGCGUCGGUGACCCCGGCCAGGCUUUGUGGAGGGAUGGGGUUAGUGCUGCCCUCGCUGUGAAAAAAUGGAUUUUGUUUUGCCAGUUAUUAUGGUUACUGAUGUCGUCGUCAUCAUCCUCAUCCUCAUCGUCAUCAUCAUCCUUUUUAAUUAAAGUAAUCGUUCAGAAGCGAAGCGGCUUGUCCCUUUUAGCUUCUUUGGAGCGAUAACAAAGCAGCGCCGUUUUCCGCCCCCCCCCCCCCCCCCGCUCUAUUUUUUAAGUUGCUGAGCUUGGGAUUGGGAGAGAAAAUGGAGAGAGGGACGGACACACAGACUCUGUCAUAAAGCAAAAAUUAACCCAACCUAAGAUACGGGAAUGAGUGAAUUCUCCCUUCUUCCCACCCCUCCCCCCAUUUCGAUUAGAAGAGGAGAAAGAAAAUCUCCCGCAUUGGACUGAAACUGCAGGGAAGAAUUAUUACUGUAUUUCUACCAAAGCUGGGGUAAAAAAAGAGUCCUUUGGAAUUAAUCCAAGGCUUCGAUGUGUAAUCAUAAACUGGACAAUUUAGGCAAAACAAAACCCUUAAGAGGAAAAAAAAAGCAGCCUAAAUCUCACUACACUACACCCUGGGAAGCAGUAUUGGAUUUGUGUUUAUCCUUCCUCCCUUUGCCUUGUUUAUUGCUGCAAGGAAUUACUAGAAUUCUCCUUUACUCUGCUAGUCUGAACACUGAAAAAUUGAAAAUCAUUGUGUGGGGAUGGUUGAAAGGAAGACGGGGGCUGCCUGUGUCUCUUUCUUUCUUUCUUUCUUUCUUUCUUUCUUUCUUUCUUUCUUUCUUUCUUUCUUUCUUUCUUUCUCAAUAGGAAGAAAAGAGGGGACCUAGAUAGAUCAAGAUAUCUCUCCCUCCCCUCCCCCAUCCUCCUGGAUCAGUGCUGUUCUGACUCCAUUUCUCUGAGAAAGUAGCUUUUGGAAUUGGGUUCUGGUUUCACUUUGGGCUAGAGGUGGAUAUGGAGAGAAUGGGGGCCUUGGAGGUUCUGCCCCACAGAUCAGGGUCUGAAGACUGGAAUCCCCUUUUCCAACACACAUUUCCCACCCACCCGUGCUAGGCGUUGUGGCUGCUGCUUGGGCCUGACCCGGGUUCCCAAGCCAGCCAACCGCAUAGACACGUCAGUGCUUAGAAAACAAACUCGGCUGGCCGCACUGAACCAGACAUCCCGGUUGGAGGGCCCGAAAAUGUUCUGGCAGUCUGUGGAGAGCUCGUUUUUUUUUUUUGUUGUUGUUGGAGUAAAUAGUUAUUCCUGAUUGGUCAGGUGUAGGGUUCUUUUUAAAGGGGGGCUGGGGGGAGGCUUCAAGCACCUGCAAGUUGGGGGCAGAAAGCUGUUUGCAAUUCCCUGGGCUGGUCGGCGAGGACAUGAGGUAAUUCCCAGCCAUUGACCCCCAUUUCUCUCUCUCCCUCCCUCUCGCCCUCCCUCUUUCUCUCCACCCCCAUCUUUCCUGGAAACUCGCUUUGGGCGCGGCAGACUGCCCAGGACCACACCGUGGCCUAACUGCUGGUCUCUCAGCGAGAGAGGGGGAAAGCAAAGACCCCAGUCCACAACUUGGACCUUGGCUCCCGCCCCUCUCCGGCGGAGUGGAGAUCCUAUUCAGAGGGGCCUGUCUCUCUAAAUAUGCCCCAGGUGAGUUUUGGGGGAACAGUUAUCGGUGGCAACAGUGUCCAGGAAGACCUUGGGUUCCGGCCUGGGGUGGGGGAGGCUCAGGACAGAGGCCAGUCCGGUCUCCGAUUGGGUGAGGGGAGGACGAGCCCAGAGCUGGGAAUCCGGGAUCCAUGCCUCUGUGGUUUCUAGCGGGACCCUUUCUUUUUUCAAUCCUGGGUAAAAACACCUAGCUGGACUUAGCCCCUCAGGCCGCUCCCAUCAGUCCUGGUCCUGUGCUUGCUUCACAAGGCUCCUAACUCUGGGGCAGCUAUUUCUGGGUGGUGCAGGCUGCGUGUGCCUGGGCCGCUGGCAGGAAGAAGGCCCAGCCAUCCUGGCUAGUGCAGUCCCAACUCCUGUGGGCCUUGACCGGGGCCUGAGGCCUAGAGCGGAGCGCCGCUGGAACACUCCUCCACUCUGGUACCAGCGGAGGCUGUUUUCACAUGAGAAAUUUUCCCUGCCCGGAAUUGGGAGCUGCGGAGACCCCGUUGCUGCCCCCCAGGAGCUCCUGGGAUCCCUGCCUUGUUCAGACUCAAACGGAAACGUUGCGGCCAUCUGGCAACAGGAGAUGAGGAUCCGGUGUUGGGGGCUGCGAGCUGGUUCUGGGCCGCACAAAGACAGAGGAGUUGUAAUGGUCAAAAUAGUCUAGUGCGAUUCUGUUCAAAAGCUUCUCCCCAUUCCUUUGUCUUCCCCAAAUAAAAACAAAUGAACAAAGUAAAAAUCACUCGGGCUUUCCUUUCAGUAAUCUUAACCAAAGCCAAGUGAUUGGGGUUAGUCUCCUACAACCAGAGGUGCUUAUGAGUCCGCUGUUGGCUUCUUCUGGAGCAUGGACCUUGGCAUGGGUGAUCCUGGUUGCAGAACAGCCUGCCGGGUUUUCCUAAGGUCCAGGGAUGGGCGGGGAGAGGUCGGCCACAGACCCUGGGGGCCAAUCAAAGGUUUCUCACGGGGAGCCUCCGAGAUACAGAUAUUUAUAGGCCUCUGGGGAGGGCAUUUGGGGCCAGAGUCAACUCAUCUGGAAUAUGUGCUCCUCUUGCCCCUUGGGGACCCGCGCCUACAUGAAGCCUCAGAAUUAAUCAGAGGGUAUAAAUGUGUCAUAAGGAGAGCUUGAACUCAGUCUGGUGAUUGCAGUGUGCACCGUUGGUCACUCUGGUUAGAAGCUGGGGCUGAAGCACGUGUCACCGGGCACACAACGGUGUGUGGGGACAGUAAGGAUGACGGAGCGGCCGCCGAGCGAGGCGGCCCGCAGUGACCCCCCGCUAGAGGGACGGGACGCGGCCGAGGCCCGCAUGGCCCCUCCGCACCUGGUCCUGCUGAACGGCGUCGCCAAGGAGACGAGCCGCGCGGCCCCCGCGGAGCCCCCGGUCAUCGAGCUGGGCGCGCGCGGCGGUCCGGGGGGCGGCCCCGCCGGUGGGGGCGGCGCCGCGCGGGACUUAAAGGGCCGCGACGCGGCGGCGGCGGCCGAAGCGCGCCAUCGGGUGCCCACCACCGAGCUGUGCAGACCUCCGGGGCCCGCGCCCGCCUCGGCCCCCGCGGAGCUGCCCGGCGACGGCCGCAUGGUGCAGCUGAGCCCACCCGCGCUGGCGGCCCCCGCCGCCCCCGGCCGCGCGCUGCUCUACAGCCUCAGCCAGCCGCUGGCCUCGCUCGGCAGUGGGUUCUUUGGGGAGCCAGAUGCCUUCCCUAUGUUCGCCACCAACAACCGAGUGAAGAGGAGGCCCUCCCCUUAUGAGAUGGAGAUUACUGAUGGUCCUCACACCAAAGUCGUGCGACGCAUCUUCACCAACAGCCGAGAAAGAUGGCGGCAGCAGAAUGUGAACGGGGCCUUUGCUGAGCUCCGUAAGCUGAUCCCCACACAUCCCCCAGACAAGAAGCUCAGCAAGAAUGAGAUCCUCCGCUUGGCCAUGAAGUACAUCAACUUCCUGGCCAAGCUGCUCAAUGACCAGGAGGAGGAGGGUACCCAACGGGCCAAGCCUGGCAAGGACCCCGUGGUGGGGGCUGGUGGAGGAGGCGGUGGGGGAGGGGGCGGUGCACCUGCAGACGACCUGCUGCAGGACGUGCUCUCCCCCAACUCCAGCUGUGGCAGCUCUCUGGAUGGGGCCGCCAGCCCGGACAGCUACACAGAAGAGCCGGCACCCAAGCACACGGCCCGCAGCCUCCAUCCUGCCAUGCUGCCAGCCGCUGAUGGAGCAGGUCCUCGGUGAUGGGGCCAGGGCCACUCAGGACCGGCCAGGAGGGCAGCCUCAGGCUGCUGGGACCGUGGGCUUCGGGGCAGGUGGGGUGAGGAUUGGGCAGCUCUGAAGCAGGGCAGUGGACUUGAUGAGCCUUCCUUGAUGUCUGAACUUUGGGAAGUCUUAACUGCCCCAGCUGGCUUUCCGGUUUCCUGACUCAGUGGUAGAACAGAAAAAUGGAGCAAAGUGGUAGGUACUUUUUAUGAAGACGGCACGGUCUUCCCUUCCCCCAAAUCCCUAAGACUUUAAAGUAAAGAGCUCAACUGGCACUGCUUUUGGCCUGGAGCUUGGGACCCCCGUCUUUGCUGAGACUUGGGGUUGUCGGCUCUCCCCUGGGGCAUCCAGCAGCCUCUGCCUUGCCUUCAGCACCACCCCCCGCCCCCAAGCUGGCUGGAGUGGCUUGUGUGGCCACUCUGUCCAAAUAUGUAGGUACCUGGUAGCUGCCCAUUUCUGGGUGAGCCCCAUCUUCACCCAGGCCCGUGUUGGUCCACCCAGCUUGCCAGCUGCCGCAGAGUCACAAGCCUCGAGGUGCCUUCUUCAGGGCCUGGUUGAAGAAGAUGGCCAGUGGACAGCCUGCUCUUGACUAGCUGGGCCAGAGGGUCAGAAAACCCAGUAGCCCUUACUCUUGCCCCAGGAUCAAAGCUCUGCUUUCUCCCCACUGAGACUUGCCUUCCUAAUCCUUGUGGCUGUGGGGACCGAGUCUGUAGCUGGGAGCAUGCCCUGUUGGGCCUCAUGUGAAGGCAGAGAGAGGGAAAGUGAUUAGAAUGAGUUGAGCAAGAGCUGUUUAGGGCUGUGGGUUCACAUCCCGAUGGUGUCUCAGAGCUUCCUGCCUGUAUUCUGAGCUCCCCAUCACUGUUUGUACGGUGAACGAAUGCCAGUGUGCCGAUGGGCAUGUGCUUGUGCUGACAAUGGAUGCACAGCCCCAUCUGUGUGUCCUCGCAGAUGCUCAGAGGGACCUUCUCACCCCCAGGAAGUCUGUUUGCUGAUGGUCUGGUCUGUGUUCUGAACUCAAUUGAGCACAAACCCUGUCCUAUGAAUUUCUGGCAUUUGGGAUUUUUGCUUGACUUCAGUUACUGGUGGGAUCUUUAGGUCUUGAUAGGACCCAGGCGCCAGCCCCCUUCUGGGCAUGGGAAAUCCAGAGACCAGAGACCAAGCCCUGGCUGAGACCCAGACAUAUGCACAAUCACUUAGCAGAAUCUUCAAUACCCCUCGGUUAUACAGCUUUCAGUCACCUAGGGUGUGUAUGGGAGGCUGGCUUACUGCAAUAAGAGUGUCCCCCUCCAAAAGUUGUACAUGAAAGUUUUGUAAAUCAAACCCUUAUCCUUCAUCUUUUGAAGAAUUACUACUGCAAGUC